AUGAAGCUCUGUCUUUCUGGAUUAGCACUCUUCCUCCUGAUGAUCUCUUUUCCUUCAGGGAAUGGUUUAUUUGGAAAUGAUGGAGUAGAAUUUCGCGCUUGUACUACACGUAAGGGCUUAUGUUUCUUCGGUUGCAAACCUGGUUGGAAAUGGGUUGCAUUCUGUCACAAUGUAUUAUCUUGUUGUGUGAAAAAGACAGAAAAUAUCCCCCCCCAUGUCAAUGAAAUGUGGUGGGCCAAUUAAAAGGAUAUGUGAAUGGCUAAAAGGACAAUUUUCAAUCUGUUUGUGAGGGUCUGAGAGCUCAGUCCUGGUAGCACAGUGGUUAAGAGCUCGGCUGCUAACCAAAAGGUCAGCAAUUCAAAUCCACCAGCUGCUCCUUGGAAACCCUAUGGGACAAUUCUACUCUGUCCUAUAGGGUCGCUAUGAGUUGGAAUCGACUUGAUGGCAACGAGUUUGAUUCUUUUUUCCCCUUAGGUAGUGAAUAGCCAGAUUCUAACUAACUUAGUGACAAAACUCCAUAAGU